AUGGCUUCAGAGUCAGUGAAGGUAGUGGUCAGGUGUCGGCCGAUGAAUGAUAGGGAGCAAAUCCUGAAUUGUAAGAUGGUAGUAUCAGUAGAGAUGAGUAGGUGUCAGUGUUUGAUCAAGAAGCCAGGGGCGAAGGAGGAGCCACCAAAACAAUUCACCUUUGAUGGAACCUACUUCAUUGGCCAAACCACUGAGCAGAUGUACAACGAGAUCGCCUACCCUUUGGUUGAGGGGGUGACUGAAGGGUACAAUGGAACAAUUUUUGCAUAUGGCCAGACUGGAAGUGGCAAGUCUUUCACCAUGCAGGGGGUAUCUGAGCCAGCAGCCCAGAGAGGGGUCAUCCCAAGGGCCUUUGAGCACAUCUUCGAAAGCAUUCAGUGUGCAGAAAAUACUAAGUUCCUGGUGAGGGCUUCCUACUUAGAGAUCUACAAUGAAGAAAUCCGAGACCUUUUGGGAAAUGACACCAAACAGAAAAUGGAGCUGAAGGAGCACCCAGAGCAUGGUGUAUAUGUGCGAGACCUCUCCUUGCACACAGUGCACAGCGUGGGGGAGUGUGAGCGCAUUAUGGUGCAGGGCUGGGGGAAUCGAUCUGUGGGCUACACCCUGAUGAACAAGGACUCCUCCCGCUCCCACUCAAUCUUUACGAUUCACAUGGAGAUCUGCAACACAGAUUCAGCUGGCGAGGACCACCUGCGUGCGGGCAAACUGAACCUGGUUGACCUGGCAGGCAGUGAGAGGCAGUCUAAGACUGGUGCCACCGGGGAGCGGCUCCGUGAGGCCACCAAGAUCAAUCUGUCCCUGUCGGCUCUGGGCAACGUCAUCUCUGCCCUGGUGGAUGGCCGCUCCAAACACAUCCCCUACCGAGACUCCAAGCUGACCCGGCUGCUGCAGGACUCCCUGGGAGGGAACACUCGCACCCUGAUGGUGGCCUGCCUCUCACCUGCAGACAACAACUAUGAGGAGAGCCUGAGCACCCUGCGCUACGCCAACAGGGCCAAGAACAUCCAGAACAGGCCCCGCAUCAAUGAGGACCCCAAGGAUGCCCUGCUCCGAGAGUAUCAGGAGGAAAUCAAGCAACUACGCGCCCUCAUCUCUGGCCAGCUGGGCAGUGGCAACCUGUCAUCGCUUCUGGCUGGUCAGUUGUCUGCGGGGCCCUCUGCUGGUCCAUCAAGGCCACAGUCCAGCAGUACUUUGGAGGAGAAGGAGAAGAUUAAAGAGGAGUACGAGGAGAAGCUGGCUAGGCUUCAGGCUGAGUAUAACGCUGAGCAGGAGUCCAAGGCCAAGCUACAGGAGGACAUAGCUGUUCUGCGCUCUUCAUAUGAGACCAAGCUGUCCAGUCUGGAGAAGUCUAGGGCCAGCAGAGGGCACUAUAUUACCACGGCUGAGUCAGAGAUCUCCAUUCUUAUGAAACAAGCUCUUGAGGAGGAAUCAUGCUGUGUCACUGCUGCCCCACAUGAGCAUGCUGAUUUGGAACCAGCCCUGGCCAAGGUGAGACAGACACAGGCAUCUCGCCAGGUGACCAGUGUCCAGACAGGGUCUGAGGGGGAGGAGAAUGCAGACUCCCCUCCCAUUGGCACCCCAGGCCCUCUGGACCAGAAGCAUUGUGACUUGGUGCCCUAUCCUGUCUCCAGGCUGCAGCAGUUGGAGCAGGAAGUGGUGGGAGGGGAGCAGGCUCGGAACAAGGAGUUACAGCAGAGACACCGACAGAGGAAGACCCUGGCAGACCAGAGGAAGAAGCAGCUGAUUGAGGCCCUGGCAGAGAACCGUGAGGAGAGUGACAAUGUGAUGCUCAAUGUCUACGACUCCAUCCAGGAGGAGGUCCAUGCUAAGAGUCGGCUCCUAGAGAACACCCAGGGCAAGCUGAAGGCGGCCAAGCUGGAGAUCCGGGACCUGCAGGCGGAGUUUGAGCUAGAGAGAAACGACUACCUGGUCACCGUCCGCAGGCUGGAGAGGGAGGGCCAUUUGCUGCAGGCACUGCUGGAGCGCAUGGCCCCUCUGGUGCGCCGUGACUGCAACUACAGCAACCUAGACCGCCUGCGGAAGGAGGCCACCUGGGAUGAAGACGGCACCACCUGGAGGCUGCCUGAGGUGGUGGUGCAGAAAACGUCCCUGCCAUCAGCAGUAGCUCCUUCAGCUCAGAGGCUCUCUGUACGCAGGAGCUCAGUGGCUGACACAGGAGAGUCCUUUCAGGAUGACGAGGACCGAUAUAAGGAGAUGUUGAACCGCAGCGACAGCGAGAACUUCGCCAGCAACUACUUCAAGCCUAAGAGAGCCAACCAGCUGCUGGGCGGUGAGCCCCUGAAGGGACUGGCAGUUCACUCAGCACCCCAGGGGAACGGGACGCCUCACCUGACCUCCAGCGGCUCCAACAUCGGCCCCUCACUCAGCACUGAAUCCCUCCUCCCUCGUCCCUUCCGCCUCGAGUCACUGGGGAUCACCCCAUCCAAUGGCAAGGUGAAGAGGAAGAAAAGCAAAACGCACAUCCCCUAUGAGGGGAACUGA